CACGUGACUUUUUGUUCCGGCUUUGUAAGAUGGCGCGUGAAAACAAUACAUUUAUAAUCUAACAAAAAACAAUCAAAACAAAUCUAUUGUGAACAAACGAAACGUAUAUAGUUCACCAAUUGUAUUAUCAAUCAAUUUUAUUUGCAAAGAGAAUUGUCAGAAUAAAACAAAAACUCUAAACGAAGAAAACAACAAAUGAUGGCAGCCUCUGAAACAAAUUCAAACUUCGCAACACAUGUGAUACAAAAUAAUAAUAUUACACAUGCAGUUUCUCAAGAACAAAGAAAAGGUGAAGGCUAUGGUUCUACAACAAUUUCACUAUCUGAAGCUGCUCAGUGUCUUAAAAAUUUGGGUGAAGAAGGUAUAUUGUGUGACGAUGCUUUACUUCGCCUUACAAUGUCAAGUACAUCUGAACACGGAGAAACUGAAUUUCUAGAUGCAAAAAAUAGUCGUGUUAAACGUCCCAUGAAUAGUUUUAUGGUUUGGGCUCAAACAGCUAGAAAAAAACUUGCUGAGAAAUAUCCUCAUCUUCACAAUGCUCAUUUGAGUAAAAUGCUUGGUAAAUUAUGGAAAAUGUUGUCACCUGAUGAAAAACAGCCUUACGUGUUAGAGGCAUCACGGCUCGACAAACUACAUAAAGAUGAACAUCCUGAAUAUAAAUACCGACCUAGGAGGCGACCUAAAGGGCUUAAAAGAGGAUAUAGCACUCCAACUAUGAUAGUGAGUCCAACUACAACAAGUAAACCUUACACAAUUCCUUCUAAUUGGGCUCGAAUUGUUCAUGCGCCAGAAAAUGAAAAUUUGAUCUCACCACGAGCAGAGGCAGCUCAAAUUGUUUAUGCUACAGAUGGCAUGCAAUAUUAUGCUGUUCAGAAGGGAAGUGGUUUUACGCCAACGAUGGCUCAUCAUCAUGGAAAUUCUGUUAUUGUAUCUCCCACAAAUCAACCCAUUACACUUGUUCAAUCAACGUCAGCUCCUACUUCAAAUUACCCGGCUUAUGUUACAGUACCGAUGCCUGCAACAUCAACUGCAAUUUUUCAUCCAAUUGCUAUUCCUGUGCAGGGUGUUCACACUCCGGCCUUUGUUCUUAGGUCUUCAUACCCUGGUAGUAAUAUUUUAUCUCCAUCGGCUAUUCCUAUUGCUUAUCAUAAUAUAGAUCAUAGAACAAUUGAAUCGCAUAUGCAACCUAACCAACAUAUAAAAACAGAAAGUACGAACACUAUUGUUAAGACACCUGAUGGUGAAACUAUUGUUAUUAUACAAAGACCAAUAGAUGGUCAUGUUGUUCCGUUUCAGUUAAGAGAAGUUCCUUCGGGAGCUACCAAUACUAUAACAGUUGUUCCUCAGUCUCAGGUUAUACAACAACAUAUUGUACAAACUCCAAAUAACCAAGAGACAAAAAUAUUAUAAUAAAUACAA